AUGGAUUUCACAGCGGACAUGCACCGCGAAGAAGAGCGACUCAAAACGUUCGAUAAGUGGCCCGUCACCUUCCUGUCGCCCGAACUCCUCGCAAGAAAUGGAUUCUACUACCUCGGUAGCAGCGAUAAAGUACGCUGCGCAUUUUGUAAGGUGGAAAUAAUGAGAUGGGUCGAAGGCCACGAUCCGGAGAAGGAUCACCAACUUUGGGCACCCCAAUGUCCAUUUCUGACACGCCAAGCCAGAGCUAAUCGCAAAUGCAAAAACCUAUUUGAUGAAUAA